AGAUAACACGGAAUAAUAAACGUGAAUCCAACGUUUAUCAUCAAUCGUGAACAUAAGCCUAUUAGUUUUCGCAAUUUUAAAAUAUAUUUAUUGUUAUACUUCAAUCUUUAUAACUUCAAUAAUAAAUUUUAUAUCAUAAAUAAAAUAGCUUGGAAUGUUGGCGAAUUGGCUAAAAUGAUAAUGGCGUCUUUUCUAUUCUGUAAUUAUUUGUGUUUGCAGAUCUGUAGAUCUGUACUGUGAAUUAUCAAGCGGGGAAAUAGAAGACUACUCUGUUUUGUUUAUUUAUGUAAGAUUUAUAAAGUGUUAUGAACAUUGAAAUUGACAAGUAAUUAAGACAAAAAAGUCUUCAAAUAUUAAGAAAAUUUUUCCAACCAGUUAUUGUGCACCUAACUUAAACAUAAACAAUUGAUUUUCAGUAAAGCAUGUAUUAUUGUUUUUAGACGUCAUUGGCUUGUAAGAAUGAGUUAUAUUAUUGAAGUAAAUUAAAUCAAGCAUUACAUCAUUGCUCGUUUCAUGAAAUGAUACUAAAAUGAAACGAAGAGGAACAGCUCGUAAACCCGUUCUGGAUUUAAACUCAAAGGCGGACUCUCCUGUCAGACAAUCUUGGCAAACCAAAUACCAGCAAAUCUGCCAGGAGCACAGUCAAAAUGGCGGCAGCGAAGCGGGCAGUCCGCAGUCGCCGGUGGUGGAACCGGAGCGAGUGGACUCGCCGAAGAAACGGCGGCUGUCGUCCGAUUCCGCUGGCGCUUCAAAUAAUCCGCUGAAAGGUUUGCUGGGGCAGUACAACAGUGACGACGACACCGAAGGCCAUGUUGACCAAUCAGGGGCUGCUGUUGUUGGCAACGGUGGUUUGGAUGCUAAAGUGGAGGAUUUUUUGAAGGAAAUCCAAGAAAUCGCACCUCUCGAAAAACCAGUUAAAAAGAAGAAGAAGAAGGUGGCCGCAACCGCCAAACCCAAACCAGUGGUGCAACAAGCGGAUGCAACCGAGUUGUAUGCAAAUGCAACUGCAGCGGAAAGUGCAUCACUGCAGCCCACCAUAGCCUGGCAGGAGUGCUUCGAUGAGGGCACUGGGUACGCUUACUACUGGAACAUGCACACAAACGAGGUGACUUGGCAGAUGCCGGCUGAGUACCAACAGUACCUGGUGGUGUUGGAGGCUUGGCAGAGGCAGCAGGCUGUAUUGGUAGCGGCCGCUGCAGUUGGCAGCACUGCCAGUGAUGCUCCUUCCCAACAACCUCAGCAGUCGAACAAGAAGACUGAAACUAAAGACAAAUCGACCAAAAAUAAACAAUUGGAUAAGAGAAAAUCUAAGAAAUCUGAUGACAGUGGAUCGGAAGACGAGAAAAUCGAACUGAUAACAUCCUAUGGCCAGUCAUCUUCGGAGGACUCAGAUUCAGAAGAAGAAAUGGAAAAGCAUAAGCCAAGUGUCGCUUCAAGUAAGCCUCAGCUAGGACUUGGCAGGGCUUUCCAGCAGGAACCAGCAGCUGCUGUCAAGAGGGACUCGGUCCAGCAAAAACCGCCAUCUGUGACUGCAAACAAACCAAAACCUAUGCUCCCCAAGUCUGCGUUGAAAAAAUCUGUUGAAGAAAAAUUGUCUGCGCUGCAGAAAAAAUCUGACAAGUCGUCCGUUUUGCCGAAAAUUGGAGAGAAGACGUCCGUUUUGUCUAAACCAAGCGUUAAACCGUCCAUUGUUUCAAGUGUUGAACCGUCGCUUGUUCCGAAAGAAGCCGAUAAAUCGUCUAUUAUCUCGAAAGGUGUCGAAAAAUCCUCUGUUAUCUCGGAUAAAUUGUCGGUUAGUUCCAAAGUUGUCGAUAAACCGUCCUCAAUUGGGGAUAAACCCUCGGUCAAGUCGACUGUGGACGACAAACCAUCAGUUACUUCGACAGUAUCUGACAAAGCGUUGGUUAUUUCAAAGGAGACUGAUAGCAAAUUGUCGAACAAUCCUAAAUCUGCCGUUAAAACCUCGGUUAUGGCACCGACUGAAACUAAACCAGCCCCCGUUAGUUAUGAUUCGAACAGUGCUAAUACAGGAAAUAAAGACAGUGAAAAGGAGUCGACAGUUUUGAAGAAACCUAGUGAAAAGAAGGUCAUUGAUAAUAUUGAAACUCUGAAAAGGUUGAAAAAACUGAAACGGAAAACAGUUGAUUCCGAGUCCGAUUCAAGUAGCAGCAGUGACAGCAGUAGUGAGGAGAGUAAAAAUGAGGAAGAUGAUGAUGAUGAUGAUGAUGACGAUGACGAUGAUGAAGAUAUUAAUGAGAGUGAUAUCUUGGCUAGACUAAAGAAUCAGGCGAAUAUUCUGAAGGAGCUAGGUGGUGAAGUGCCUGACUCAAUCAAGGCGUUGAUAUCAGAUGAUGGUCCGACGUCGUUCUCACUCAUUGCAGGCUACGGUGAUUCGGACGCUGAAGACGACAAAGAAGCCGGACAAGAAAAAGUAGAGAAGAAAAUAGAGAAAGAAGCACCUCCCACUAAACCAUCAGUUGCACCUAGUGAAAACAAACCACUUUUCCCCAUCAUGGAAAGUGUGAAAGCGGAAGCGGAUAAAAUGAAGGUGGAAGAGAACGAACAAAGCAGAAAUGAAGUAAAGGAAAAGAAAGAGGAACCAAAGAAAACGGAAUUGGAAGAUGCAAGAUUGGCUGCUAAUAGGAAGGUGAUAAAGCUAUCGGCUAGGGCAAAGACGCUUAUUAAGAACAGUGUGACGACUGCCAAGGCUAGGGCUACUGAUUUCGUCAAAACCGACCAGGGACUGAAGCCGGCCAAGAGUUCGGAUGUCACACAAAUCAAAGGUUCAGGAACAAAAGACACUCAACCACCAACCCUCGAAGAAAAACCGAAACCUAUUGCAAAACCGGAGCCAGAGUCCAAGAAAAAAACAAAAUUGAAAUCAGUGGCUUUGACAAGUAGCAGCUCGCUAGAACCUCCAAAAACCGCUGACGUUGGCAAGACUGUUUCGGCGCUUAGUAGUGAUAGUGUAAACCACACUACUAUUGUGAACACUGCAGGUACUAGUGUAAGCAGUAGUCUAGCCUACACUAGCACAUGGAGCUAUGGCAGUGAACAUCCCUCGGGCGAGAGAAGAGGUUUCGGAUUUUCGUCACAGCCGGAUGUGGGUGUUAGCAAGACGGAGAAGAAGGCUGGUAAAAAAGGAGGUAUGAUUCAGUUUGUGAAAUCGGAUACUGUACUGAACGAACCGGCCGCAGUGGAAAAAGCGCCUGUCAUACUGGAAGAGAAGAAACUGGUGGCCAAAACUGUGACAGCCAUCGAUCCAGACACUGAGGCUACACUGAAAGACUUGGCAACAGUGAUCAAGGAGAAGACAACCUUCCUCAGUGAGGGCAAGGAGCCCAUUUCAGCAGUCCAAGUCAUGUCCAUUCAGCUUGAGAUGCUGACCAAUGCUUGGAGCGAGAACGCACUCUCAUCAGACUUCUACCACAAUUGGCUGAUGUCAGUCACACGUCAGCUGACGUCACUGGAGAUGUCUGCCACCCCACUAAACUGGGCCUGCUUCUGGGAUAGAUCUCACAAACGCUACUACUAUCGCGAAACGCAGACGGGUCGGGUGCAGUGGGAGUACCCAGUAGUUGCCGAUACGGCCACUGCAAAAACAGCAGCGCUAGCGUCGACACCGCCACUAGUGAACGAGUCGGCCGAGACAGCGCUAGUGUCGUCUUAUGCCAGUGACGACGCCAUGGAUCUGUGUAACACACCGCCGCCUCCGCCUCUUGAUGAUGAGGAUGAGCAGCCUCCAAUGCCCCCUCCGCCUCCAAAUAUAUCUUUCGGGGAAAGUGAGGAGCAGGCUGCAGAUAAAGAUACGACAACCGAAGACACCAGCUGCAGCAAUGGUGAACCACCCCAAGCCCCUCCGCCCCCCAUGAUCAGCGACAGUUUCGACAUGAACUCAAAGUCGCCGCCCCCGCCCCCCGUCUCACCACCCCCUCUGCCGCCGCCACCACCGACAAUGUCCGAAUCGACCCCUCCUGCCCCCGAUCCCAACCUGAGUCUGGAGCUGAGUUCGUUCUACUCGGACCUGGCCGCCCUCGAUCCACCCCCAAAGCCCCCUGCUCCCGCCCCACUGCCCCCUGCUCCUGCCCCACUGCCCCCUCUGCCUCCGCCCCCGGACUCUGCCACCGCCCCCCUGCCACCGUUGCCACCCCUGCCGCCCUCGCAGCCGCCGCCUCCCACUGAUCCGCCUCUGCCCAACAGUAGUGCAACUAGUGGCACCAAAAAGAAGAAGAAGCCAAAAUUGGGCACUGGACUGAGCUUGAAGAAGAGAGGAUAUUCAUCAUUAAUGGAAAAAUGGCAGCAGAUUGCAGAAGAUGAAAAAGAUAGUGAUUAAUUAGCAAGUUGAAUAAUAUUAUUCUAUUUUAUUAGAAAUUCGUUCUUAAUUUAUUAAAAACUUGUUUUGUAAAUAUUGGGUUGAUCCAAUUCACAGUUUUCAAAAACAUUACCUUAUCACCAACUUCUAUUGUAAAUAAUUUAGUGUGGUUAUGAUUAAAUUUCCUCUCCUAUAAAUUAAUUUAUAAUCUAACAAUCUAAUCCAUAAAUGAAUUCCCUGUAUCAAAUUCAGCUAUUUAUCUUGAAGUUGGCCUCAUGUUUAUUUAUAUAUAAUUUGUUGUGAACUCAGUACUCUGGAUACGUGACAUUUAUGAUUCAAGUGAAGUAUUCGAAAAUGGGCACAUCAAUUCAAAUUAAUCAUUUCAUUGAGUUUGAUGAUAUGGCUAUUUUAUAUAAAUUUUUCAAUAAUAUUUUAUUCUUCUUAAAUUUCCAUAACUUUUUUCUCAGUUUGCUGGUUAGGCAAAGCAUAUAGUAAUUAUUUAUUUAUUUGUUAUUGGUAUUAUGACCACCUACUGAAACAGCAUAAUGUUGUACAAUAAAUUUCAUUCAAUAUUUGUUUGCUAUUUGAAUACAGGAAUUUUUAUCUCCAGUUGAUAUUAGUUUAGUUAAAUUUGUAAAUAAUUGUGUAUUUAAGGUAUCAAAUUUGGCAAUAGAAUAGUCAUUUUAAUUUAUUGCAACAUUGAAGUUAACUAGAAUCCAAAAUAUGAGGAAAUUGUAAAUAUCGUUACUAUGUUUGUAUAAUACUAGUGUGAUAUUAUUAUUUUUUGGACAGUGUGAGAAGGUCAAUUCGAAAUAAAUAUCUUACUUUUCAA